UUUUUUUUUUUGCUACUCUAAUGCUAAACAUCAUUUCUCGUCCUGCUCGACGUUGUUUAUUACAGCAAACAAGAUUAUCAAGUUCGAAGACAGGCUCUUCAACAUCAGGUGAUUCUCGACUUGAAGUCAUUCGUCGAGUCUUGUUCGAAUCACCCAAGAAAGAACCUACGAUUCAUUUAGAGGGACAGACAUUAGAAGAACAUGAAACUAUUGAAAGAGCUUGGAAACUUCAUAAAAUGAGACAAAGAGAACAACGCGAGCGUACAUUGGAACGUCAAUUUAGAACCAUGCAAGCUGCCAUGACAGAAUUAGAAAAGACAAGUGAUCGACUGUUUAAGGGUGCUAUUGUAAAGAGUAGACAUAUGACCUAUCCCAAGCAAGCCAAGAUUCCUACAGAAACGCCUUCCACACAAGGUUGGGAUUAUUCCUUUAAAGCAAGCUCAAAUUAGAUUUAAAAAAAAAAAAGUUGUGUUAUUAAUAAAGUUUAUUUGAUCUGUGUAAAUACAUAAACUAGGAGACUAAUGAAUAAAGAAUAACGUAUUGUUCGUUUUAUAUUUACCAAGGCGUUAAGGAAUGUACUACUGUUAUGGGGCAGCGCAUUAAAUCCACGGCAAAAUUAGUCUUUUGAACGGGGG